GGGCCAACGAAAAACUGUCUGAGAACUUACAAAACACGUUGAAAGAUUCCUGUCUCGUCAUUUACGUUUUUAAGGAAUGUUAAAAACGUGGACGCUUAAUCUUCUCCAAUUCGUAUGCAAGCCCCAAUUAAUAAAGCAGAUGAACUAUUAUUCUGCAAUUAUGCGGGCAUUAGCUUAGUAUCCAACAUCAACAUCUGAUACCAGCAUAUCUCUCUUAUGCAAUCAUCCAAAAUUACCGUCCACUGAUAAUGGCCACGCAAAACCAAACACACUCUCAUCCAAACACCACCAUCGACCCAAACAACGGUUUCUGCUCUCAAUCUAGAACCUUCCACAGCCUCCGUCCAAAAGUCCCUCUCCCUCCGCCGUCUCAGCCUCUCUCCCUCACCGACUAUGUGCUCUCUCUCCUCCCCGACGCAGCCGCAGCGGCAGCCGCCGACAACCCCGCCAUCAUCGACUCCGCCACCAACCGCCACCUCUCUUACUCCCUCUUUCUCCGCCAAGUCAAUUCCCUCGCUUCCUCCAUCCAAUCCCUCACCCCUCUCUCGAAAGGCCACGUGGCAUUAAUCCUCACCCCUGCUUCCCUGCAUGUCCCCGUACUCUACUUUUCCCUCCUCUCUCUCGGCGUCACCAUCGCGCCCGCAAACCCACUCAGUUCCCCCUCCGAGUUGACUCACCUGGUUCGACUCGCCAAACCCGCCAUCGCCUUCGCCACCUCUGCUACGGCACCCAACAUUCCUACCCUCCGAUUCGGCACCAUCCUCCUCGACUCUCCCGUCUUCCUCUCCAUGCUCGACGCAAACAACAACCACCCUCCCCCUCCCCGAGUCGAACUGAGUCAAUCCGACUCAGCAGCCAUUCUCUUCUCUUCCGGCACCACCGGGCGAGUCAAGGGCGUACUACUCACUCACCAGAACUUCAUCGCGUUGAUUGGAGGGUUUUAUCACCUGAAGCACAUGGUUGAUGAUGGGGUUGACGAGAAUCCCCAUCCGGUGUCGUUGUUCACGCUGCCCCUGUUCCACGUGUUCGGGUUUUUCAUGCUGGUUAGGGCCAUAGCCAUAGGGGAGACUCUGGUGGUGAUGCCUAGGUUUGAUUUUGAAGCGAUGCUGAAGGCCGUGGAGAGGUACCGGAUCACAUACAUGCCGGUGUCGCCGCCGCUGGUGGUGGCGCUGGCGAAGUCUGAAUUGGUGAAGAAGUACGAUCUUAGCUCGCUCCGGUUGCUGGGUAGCGGUGGCGCGCCGCUUGGGAAGGAGGUGGCCGAGAAAUUCAACGCCAGAUUCCCCAACGUCGAAAUUGUGCAGGGCUAUGGUCUGACUGAAAGUGGAGGAGGGGCAUCAAGAACGUUGGGUCUUGAUGAGGCUAAGCGCCAUGGUUCUGUGGGUCGACUUGCAGAAAAUAUGGAGGCCAAGAUAGUGGACCCUGUAACUGGAGAGGCAUUACCUCCUGGCCAGAAAGGGGAGCUGUGGUUGCGAGGUCCAACAAUCAUGAAAGGUUAUGUAGGAGAUGACAAAGCGACUGCUGAAACAGUGGAUUCAGAGGGAUGGCUGAAGACUGGGGAUCUUUGUUAUUUUGACUCUGAUGGUUUUCUUUACAUAGUAGAUAGAUUGAAGGAAUUGAUAAAAUACAAAGCUUAUCAGGUUCCCCCUGCUGAAUUGGAACAUAUACUUCACUCCAAUCCUGAAAUUGCUGAUGCUGCAGUAAUUCCGUAUCCUGACCAAGAUGCAGGACAGAUUCCAAUGGCCUUUGUAGUAAGAAAACCUGGAAGCAACAUCACUGCAGAUCAGGUCAUGGAAUUUGUAGCAAAGCAGGUUUCGCCAUACAAAAAGAUACGACGAGUCUCUUUUAUUAACUCUAUCCCAAAAUCUGCUGCUGGCAAAAUUUUGAGAAGAGAAUUAGUUGAUUAUGCUCUAUCUAGUGGUUCAUCCAAAUUGUGAUCAAGAAAAGCAUGGAGAGCGGCACUUAACGCGUUCAACAUUUUCUUUUAUUUAGGAGACGUUUAUUUUAGAAGGUAUUGAUGUUAUAUCUCACGAUUGGAAUAUCAAGGGAACUAGUUUAAGUAGCCGUACAAUGUCCCGACAUUUUCUUUAGAAUAAAUAAACAUAUAAUUUAAUAAUUAAAGAAUAAAGUUUUAUAUUUAAUUCU